AAUAAAACAGCCUUUUUUUCAAUGUCGAGAACAAGAACUCGUCGGAGAACGCUUUUCAAUGGAGCACAGCAAGUGCCGUUUGCUCCUAGCAGUCUCUUUACCUUUCCUCCUGCUUUUCGAUCAUCAAAUCGGCAGAACGGCCGUUUCGGCCUCAUCUUCUGGCGGUAGCGAGCUUUACUUCUCGAAGUUAUCGGGAAUCAUCAUCCCAGGCUUUGCCUCAACGCAGCUGAGGGCAUGGUCAGUGCUUGAUUGCCCCUACUCUCCGCUUGACUUCAACCCUCUUGACUUGGUCUGGCUCGACACUACCAAGCUUCUUUCAGCUGUGAACUGCUGGCUUAAAUGCAUGCUGUUGGAUUCUUAUAAUCAAACUGAUCAUCCUCAAUGCAAAUCGAGACCUGAUAGUGGCCUAUCAGCUAUAACAGAGUUGGAUCCUGGUUAUAUUACUGGUCCUCUUUCUUCUGUGUGGAAGGAAUGGCUCAAAUGGUGUAUUGAAUUUGGUAUUGAGGCAAAUGCAAUUAUUGCAGUUCCAUAUGAUUGGAGGCUAUCAGCUUCAAUGCUAGAGGAGCGAGACCUUUACUUCCACAAAUUAAAGUUGACAUUUGAAACAGCUUUAAAACUUCGUGGGGGCCCCUCUUUGGUUUUUGCGCAUUCACUUGGCAAUAAUGUUUUUCGCUACUUCCUGGAGUGGUUGAAACUAGAAAUUGCACCAAAGCAUUACAUCCAGUGGCUUGACGAGCACAUAUAUGCAUAUUUUGCAGUUGGCGCACCUCUUCUUGGUGCUACAGAAACAGUAAGAGCUACUUUAUCUGGAUUCACAUUUGGCCUUCCAAUUGCUGAGGGAACUGCCAGGAUGUUGUACAAUUCCUUUGGUUCUUCCUUAUGGUUGAUGCCAUUUUCAAAGUACUGCAAAGCGGAUAAUGUAUAUUGGAAGCAUUUCUUUGAUGGAAAUGGGGAUCAUUGGCGCACAAAUCAAUGCGAUGAUGUUGAAUUUCGAUCGAACUACUCUGGUUGGCCUACUGAUGUUAUAAACAUUGAGAUUCCUUCUGUUAGAGGCAGUGAUGUCUAUCCAUCAAUGCCUGAAGUUUCCCAGGAUUUGACUCCCAACAUGGAAUGUGGACGGCCCAUUCAGCUAGCCUUUUCUGCCAGGGAAGUUUCUGAUGGCACCUUCUUCAAAGCAAUAGAAGAUUUUGACCAAGACAGUGAAAGACUCUUGCAUCAUCUCAGGAAAUAUUACCAAGGCGAUCCAGUGUUAAAUCCCCUGACACCUUGGGAUAGGCCUCCACUAAAGAACAUAUUCUGCAUAUACGGGAUUGAUAUGAAGACUGAGGUUGGAUACUAUUAUGCUCCUAGUGGUAAACCAUAUCCUGAUAAUUGGAUCAUAACCGAUAUUGUCUAUGAACAUGAAGGAACACUAUUUUCAAGGUCUGGUAAUUCCGUGCGUGGAAACCCUGGAGUUUCAAGUGGCGAUGAAACAGUACCCUAUCACUCUCUUUCCUGGUGCAAAACAUGGCUAGGAUCGAAAGUGAACAUAACUAGGGCUCCGCAGUUGGAGCAUGAUGGAUGUGAUUUGCAAGAAAAACUAAAUGUAGACCAUAUUCAUGGUGAGGAUAUCAUUCCAAACAUUUCAAGAAGCCCUCGUGUAAAAUAUAUUACAUACUAUGAGGAUUCUGAAAGUAUUCCAGGAAGGAGAACUGCUGUAUGGGAACUUGAUAAAGCAAACCACAGGAAUAUUGUUCGGUCUUCAGUUUUAAUGCGUGAGUUGUGGCUUCAAAUGUGGCAUGAUAUCCAACCUGAUGCAAAAUCAAAGUUUGUAACAAAAGCCAAGCGUGGACCCUUGAGAGAUGUCGACUGUUAUUGGGAUUAUGGAAAAGCUCGAUGUGCUUGGCCAGAAUAUUGUGAAUAUAGGUAUGUUUUUGGGGAUGUGCUUCUUGGACAGAGCUGUAGGUUGAAGAAUUCAUCAGCAGAUCUCCGCUUACAUUAUUUAUAAUACAAGAAUUUGCAAUUCACAAAUUCGAACAUUGCUAUAUAACAUAUGGAGGAGGCUCGUUGAUUAUUUUUCCUUCAGCUAGCCGUUAAUUUUAUGGAUCCUGACUGGAUUCCGGUGAAGGGCUUCUUUAGGUGGAUUAUUUAUUUGAUGAAGUUGUAAAUGCUGGAGCAUAUUUGGUUACCUUGUAAUAGAAUUAGAUAACACAUUCUCUAUUCCAAUAGGCAUGGACACCCUUCUUUGCAAACCUACUAUUGUUGUGAACUCCGGUGAGAGGUGUUAUUUUCUUACUGGACUAGGAAAAGGCAGUGUGGACUUGUUCAUAUGUUGCAUUGUAGA